UGUAUUGUAUGUGUUGAUUCAAGAUUCACAUGGUAUACUGUGCAUAUAAACUGAGAAUAUGAACAAGUACUGUGUGUACUUAUACACAGUGUCGUCGCGGUCUACCGACUGUCAUCGUUUUUUCUUUUAGUCACUAUCAAAGGAAAAAAGGCCUGACAAAAUGCUCACCCCCAUUCUAUGAUUCGUGUUACAAGUGACCACGCGUGUACCUACCGUAAACACCGAAUUACCACCCCAAACUUUUCAAAUAUUUCUCAGUAAUUUGUAAGUGACAGCCUUCCCUCGUUGUCACACAGUAAUUAAGAGACAUGGUAGUGCAAUGUCCUAUAUGUGACGCUCGCUUUCCAGCAUCUGAAAUAGAGAACCAUGCCGAGGAGUGCAUUGAAAAAAGGUUUGGCAACACCAGUGAGCCUAUUACUUUCGACCAGAUGAGUGAUGCCAUCAAUGUACCUGUUGAUGGCAAGAGGAAACAUUCUUCAUCAGAAGAUAAUUCCACCAUUGUGGAAGUUGAUUCUACUCGUCACUCUAGUUGUACAAAAACAUCAUCUUCACCAUCAAGUGGUAAGAAGUCUCGCAAGGAGCAAGCUGAGGCAUGGAGUUUCUUAGGAGGUUAUAGAAGUCCAGCACAGCCUCGAGACCGAAAAAACAAAUGGCCUGGCAGAGAUCAGGCACCACAUGAUCUGGCUUCCUCAUCUCACACUGAAAAUGCUCAUUCUUCUUUUCCUCAACAAUCGGUGCAAAAAUCAGGUGACAAUAGUGGAGUGCCACUGGCAGAGAAGAUGCGACCAGCAACACUAGACAACUACAUUGGACAGGCAUCCAUCCUAAGCAGCAACUCCUUUUUAAAGAAUUUGAUUAUGCAAAAUAAUUUCAUCAACAUGAUUCUCUGGGGACCCCCUGGAUGUGGGAAGACCUCACUAGCAAACAUAAUCCAUGAACGGUGUCGUGGGUCAGACAAGUGGCGGUAUGUUUCCCUCUCAGCCUGUACAUCUGGGGUUCAGGAUGUGAAGAAUGUUGUUCGUGAAGCACAGGGAGCGUUACAGAUGAGGAAGAAACGUACUGUGCUGUUCAUGGAUGAGGUCCAUAGAUUCAACAAAGCACAACAGGACAUUUUCUUGCCCCAUGUUGAGAGUGGUGUGCUUACUCUGGUGGGCGCCACAACAGAGAAUCCAUCAUUUACUCUUAACUCUGCUCUGAUUUCAAGGUGUCGAGUCAUUACCUUAGAUGCUCUUGGUCCAAGUUGCAUUAGGGUGAUAGUGAAGAGAGCUCUCAAAAGACUGAAAAUCACCAUUGAAAGAAAAACUAAGGUGAAGGUGGAAAAUGGAGAGAAAGUUAAUGAAGGAGGUGUUGGUAGUGAAGAAGAUGAGGAGGAGGAAGAACAGGAAGAUGAAGAAACAGAGGCUGAAGAAACAGAUGAUGCACCUCGGAGCAAUGUGAGAAUUAGCACGGAAGCCAUUCACUGGUUGUCUGAGAUGAGUGGAGGGGAUGCCCGGUGUGCCCUCAGCACCCUCCAGAUACUGGUGGACUCCCAUAACAGUAAACUUAUCACCAUUAGCGAUGCAAAAGAAGCACUACAGAGAAGUCACGUGCUGUAUGAUAGAAAGGGUGAUGAACACUAUAAUUUUGCAUCAGCCCUACAGAAGUCUAUUAGGGGUGGGGAUGACAAUGCUGCCCUCUAUUGGACAACGCGCAUGAUUAAGGGAGGAGAGGACCCUCGAUUCAUUGCUCGCAGGCUUGUCAGGACAGCUGCUGAGGAUAUAGGCCUGGGAACUCCUGAAGCGCUGACUCAUAGUGUAGCAGCAAUGCAAGCUGUACAGAUGCUGGGAAUGCCGGAGUCGGAUGUCAUACUGGCCCAGUGUGCUGUGUAUUUGGCAAGGGCACAACACAACCCAGAGGUAUAUUUAGCGAUGCGUCGCGUCAACGAGCACAUAGAUAAUCAUGCCGGACCUCUGCCAACUGUACCUCUUCAUCUUAGAAAUGCCUCCACCAAGCUAAUGAAAAAUCUAGGAUAUGGCAGUGGUUAUUCAGCUGCUCCUCAAAAUGUAAGGAACAUUCAGUAUAUGCCAGAUGCUUUAAAAAAUUUAAACUUUUUUAAUCCAUGAAAUUUGUUUCAUUAUUAAUUUUUUUCAUAAUUUUUCCAACAUCUGUUUAAGUUCACUUAGAUACAAACUACAAUUACAAUUACUGCGUGAUAGACACAUGGUUAUGGUACUCUCACAUGUACCGUACUUCUCACCAAGAUUAAUCCAGAUCAACUAAAUGUCACAAAGACCAAAUAGAAACCAGAUUAUGAGUUCCAGCCACUGGUUUACUCACUUCAAAGUCCAAUUUAACAAAAUGGGAAAUUGAGAAUCAAUUCGGAGUACCUUUCAUGCCCCAUAAUCUCAGAUACUUCUUUGUAAAUUCCUGGAUACUGUUAGACCCUUUCUAGAGGAUGCUUGGCUCUGGUUGUAUUGCACAGGUUACUUGCUCAUCUCCUCAACCAUAAACGAUUCUGUAUCUCAAUCCUUCAUAUUGAUGGUGUCUUUCUAUAAACAUACUGUACAGUUACAAGCAGUACAUUUAUAUACACACACAUAAGGCAUUGUGAGUAGCAAGGGCAAGCUGAUGAAAACAAUGUUUUGAGGAAAACGCAUUUGAUUUUUUUUCCUGUUUUCAUCCAUAAUUAACCCUUAGGCCCCUGGUGACAUUCCAGAACAUCCGAUCAACACGCCCCGGGUGACGUUCCAGAAUGUCCGCCUAUUCCGUCCUUUUUUUUUUUUUUUUU